AAUCUAUCCAUGGCAUGUGACAAAACUGUAGCAGAAGCUUUUUUUUUUGGUUCAGAUUCAGUGACACUGCGUUCUGGUUCGACAGCUUCAUAUCGUGGGCUGACAGUAGAUUUAAUUGCUCAACUGUUAUAAAUGGCCGCACAAGGGUUGGAGCGGAUUCCUGAUUCUCUGGGAUACCUUGUCCUCACAGAAGAUGGCGCUGUAGUUAGUUCUGGCGGAGAGCUUGAGAAUGACGAGAUGAUGGCAAACAAACUGACGCGACUCGUGUACACGGCCAGCAAGAUCCCACUGUCGGCCGACAAGAGAGAUACGUUCAGGAGAAUAUCAGUUAUUUGUGACGAUGUGGUUUACAUGGCAACAGUUUCCAAUCACAGGAUCUACAUCUGUAAACGCCAGUAUGUAACCCAGGAACCUGUUGUCACGUGAUGUCUGGCUAGGUGAUGUUACGGGUCACGUGAUUGGCUGAGAGACUGCACUCAUUGUUUCUAGUGAUCUCAUUGGUCAUUAUACAGUAAAUGACAUUUUCUUGAAACUGUUGAUGGGCAAUGCCUGUGAAAGAUUGUUAUUGUAUAUAUUUGUUCAAAAAGUAUUUUAUAUGAUGAGAAAAAAGGCAAGAGCUUUAAGGUGCCAAGUUUGGAAAAGUUAGUUUAUUUUGUUUAAUGACAUCACUAGAGCACAUUGAUUUAUUAAUUAUUAGCUGUUGGAUGACAAACAUCUAAUCAUUGUGCCACGUAAUUUAUUACAGCAAGGGAUCUUUUGUUAAUGAUUUUCCCAGACAGGACAGCUCAUCUAGUCCUGUUGCACUGGUUGGGGUUGGGGAGAAAAUACAGCCCGAGAAUAGAUCCACUGAGGAGGUUUGAUCCUACGACCAAAGCACCUUGGACGACUGACCUAUAUUCCACCCCACCAUAAAUAUCUUGAUAAAGACAUGGGUGUAGGGGAGACAGUGUACUUAAUAUUUUAUGCCUGGUGGGUUUGCUACAAGUUUCUUCUCUUUGUUUGGGUCUUUUUGAAUGAAAGUGAUGUCAAACUUAAUGACGUCAUUUUGAAUGUCCUUACAUCAAAAUAAACUAGUGCAUAACAUUUUUUGUUUUCUGAACGCUGGACAGCUAUCAGUGUAAAAUUGGUAUUGAAAUGUUUUUAUUUCAUGACUAUGAAUGCAUACGUCUAUUAUUAUAAAGUGUCACUCUUGUACGUUUGCUUAAAUGUCAAUAAAGCUAGUGCCGUGA